AUGGAUCUACUGGACCUGCAGUGUGACACUGUUCUGAAGCAAAAAUACGUUGAUGUUGGCGUUCCAGAUUUUCUACCAGUUUCUUCCCAGAGAGAAGUUUCCAAACUUAUUUUGCGCAGCUGCAAGAAUUCUUGCGAUGCGAUGUUUGGGAGUACGUACGUUUGCGAACAGUUUUUCUCCAGAAUGAAGAUCAACAAAACAGCAUUACGAUCAAGACUGACUGAUGAGCAUCUGAGAGCAACCUUGCGGCUUGCCACUACACGCGACUGCAUGCCUAACGUCGAUGGUCUGGUCUCUGCCAAAUUCUCUCAGAUGAGUGGACAGAAACAUGAGUGA